AUGAGCGGCGGGGGGCCGGGGGAGCAGGGGGCCGGGGGGGAGCCCGGCCCCAACGCGGCGGACGACAAGAAGGAGGACGACGAGGAGAAGGCGGCGGCGGCGGCGGGGACGGCGGCGGGUCUGGGAGCCCAGGACGAGGCUCCGCUCACGGCGCCGCCGCCGCUGCUGAGCGUGGACGUGUCCGGGCUGGUGUGUCAGCUGGCCGUCAGCUUCCUGCUGCUGUUCCCGGUGUACGCCCUGGGCUACCUGGGGCUCAGCUUCAGCUGGGUCCUGCUGGCGCUGCUGCUGCUGCUGCUGGUCUGGGGCCCCCGCCCGGGCCCCCGCGCCGCCCGGGGCCCCCGGGCCGCCCCCGCCUCCCGCUGGCGGCGGGCGCUCGCCUUCCUGGACCGCGACCGGGGGGACGACCCCGCCCCGGGGCUCCGCGCCGCGGACCUGCCCGCCUGGGUCCACUUUCCAGACACUGAAAGAGCAGAAUGGCUAAACAAGACUGUAAAGCAUAUGUGGCCUUUCAUCUGCCAAUUCAUAGAGAAGCUAUUUCGGGAAACAAUAGAGCCAGCCGUGCGUGGAGCGAACACCCAUCUUAGCACCUUCAGUUUCACAAAAAUCGAUAUGGGCCACCAGCCCCUAAGGAUUAAUGGCGUCAAGGUUUAUACUGAAAAUGUGGACAAAAGGCAGAUUAUUUUGGACCUUCAAAUCAGUUAUGUAGGAAAUUGUGAAGUUGAUUUGGCGAUCAAGAGGUACUUUUGCAGAGCUGGUGUGAAAAGUAUGCAAAUUCAUGGUACCAUGAGAGUUAUCUUAGAGCCUUUGAUUGGAGACAUGCCCUUAGUUGGAGCUCUGUCUAUCUUCUUCCUUAGGAAACCACUCCUGGAAAUUAACUGGACAGGACUGACUAAUCUUUUGGAUGUCCCUGGACUGAAAGGCUUAUCAGACACUAUCAUUCUGGACAUAAUAUCAAACUACCUGGUACUUCCCAAUCGAAUUACAGUUCCUCUUGUCAGUGAAGUUCAGAUUGCUCAAUUGCGGUUCCCUAUACCAAAGGGUGUUCUAAGGAUUCAUUUCAUUGAAGCUCAGGAUCUUCAGGGCAAAGAUACUUAUCUAAAAGGCCUUGUCAAAGGGAAGUCAGAUCCUUAUGGAGUCAUUCGAGUUGGCAACCAAAUCUUCCAAAGCAAAGUCAUCAAGGAAAAUCUCAGUCCAAAGUGGAAUGAAGUUUAUGAGGCUUUAGUUUAUGAACAUCCAGGGCAGGAGUUAGAGAUUGAACUCUUUGAUGAAGAUCCAGACAAGGAUGACUUUCUUGGAAGUCUCAUGAUUGAUCUGAUUGAAGUUGAGAAGGAGCGUCUCUUAGAUGAAUGGUUCACUUUGGACGAGGUUCCUAAAGGAAAGCUGCAUUUAAGACUGGAGUGGCUCACAUUGAUGCCAAAUGCUGAGAAUCUUGAUAAGGUGCUAACAAGCAUUAAAGCUGACAAAGACCAAGCCAAUGAUGGCCUUUCUUCAGCAUUACUUAUCCUCUAUUUGGAUUCAGCCAGAAAUCUUCCAAGUAAUCCAUUAGACUUUAACCAUGAUGGCUUGAAGAAGGCUGCUGUUCAGAAAGCUUUAAAGUCAGGGAAGAAAAUCAACAGCAACCCUAAUCCUGUUGUUCAAAUGUCAGUUGGACACACAGCUCAGGAGAGCAAGAUUCGUUACAAAACCAAUGAACCUGUGUGGGAGGAACACUUUACUUUUUUCAUUCACAAUCCCAAGCGGCAGGACCUUGAAGUUGAGGUCAAGGAUGAACAGCAUCAGUGUUCCUUGGGGAACCUGACGAUUCCUCUCAGUCAGCUUUUGGCAAGUGACGAUCUAACUAUGAAUCAACGGUUCCAACUCAGUAAUUCAGGUCCCAACAGCACUAUAAAAAUGAAGAUUGCACUCAGGGUUCUUCAUCUUGAAAAGCAAGAAAGACCUGCAGAUUACCAACACUCAGCCCAAGUGAAGAGACCCUCGGUUUCCAAAGAAGGGAGGAAAAUAUCUGUCAAAUCUCAGGUCCCCACGUCCACCACAGCCGACUCUAGCAAAACCGUCCCGACCACCCCGGUGAUUGAUAGUAGAAAGGCUGACCCGGGAGAAAAAGGCCACCCGGCUAAUGCCAGUCCACAGUGGCCAACUGAGCUCAGCAGGAGUUCCUCCAGCCUUCAUGCUUCCAAUUUUGCCUAUUCCCCCAGCCAUCUUUCUGUCAAGGAACCAACCCCAAGCAUCGCCUCAGACAUAUCGCUGCCCAUUGCCACCCAGGAGCUGCGGCAGAGACUACGACAGCUUGAAAAUGGGACAACUUUGGGACAGUCUCCUCUUGGGCAGAUUCAACUGACUAUUCGUCACAGUUCCCAAAGAAACAAGCUGAUUGUGGUUGUGCAUUCUUGCAGAAAUCUGAUUGCUUUUUCUGAAGAUGGCUCUGAUCCUUAUGUCCGGAUGUAUUUACUGCCAGAUAAGAGAAGAUCCGGGAGAAGAAAAACCCAUGUAUCAAAGAAAACGUUAAAUCCAGUGUUCGACCAGAGCUUUGAUUUCAGCGUUUCACUACCAGAAGUACAAAGGAGAACAUUGGAUGUAGCUGUGAAAAACAGUGGUGGUUUCUUAUCCAAAGACAAAGGGCUUCUUGGCAAGCUGUUGAUAGCUCUGGCAUCGGAAGAACUCGCUAAAGGCUGGACCCAGUGGUAUGACUUAACUGAAGAUGGUUCACGGCCACAUGUCGUACACUAGACCACUUCGGACACCGACAAUUUCUCCCCGGAUUAUGUAUUUAGCCAAUCUUUAUACAUUUUGAAUGCGUCGUUCUCACAGAUGUAUCGAUAUUAUUUUUAUAGCUUCAUGUAUUUAGUUAUACACCCCAGUGGUUUUAUAAAUCUUAACACUUUGACAUUUUAUGCAGACUUAACCAAUUUUAUUGUUAAAUUUCAAAUUUAUAAUUUGCUCUCAAAUAUUAUAUGUAUCGUAUUAUGUGCAAUAGGGUUAGAGAACUGUUGUGUUUAAAUGGAACUGUAUGACAGUUGUGUAUUUUAGACAGUCAAUCUAUGCUCUGCUUUAUUCCUGCCUUGUUUUGUAUAUCACUGAGGUACCUGGUACCCUGUAAAUAGAUUCUAUUUUUUUAUAAUCUUUCCAUGCUAGUGUGAGAUCAGAAGAAAAUGGAUCAAAUGUAUAUUUUCUUCUGAGUGCAUGUCAGAUUCUUAUGACAAAUAUUCUUUUUUUUGUUUUUGCAGCAGAGUGGUCUAAGUGACCCUUUGGUGUUUCUUUUCAAAAAAGAAACAAAACUGAAAGUCAGAAAAGUUAAUAUUUUUCUUUCGCUUAGGCUAGUGAAAGAAAAUGUACAAAAUAGCAUUUCUACAUAAAUAUUAAGAUGUUUCACUAAAAAGUCAUUCUAUAUAGAGUAUUAUAAGCAAAAAUGUUUUAGAACUAAGAUAUAUACAAAUAUUAUAUGAAGAGAAUUUAAGAUCCAGAAAUCAGAGUAUAAAUCUAGUGUUUCUUACACAGAAAUGAGAAUGUAUUUACGGUAAAAUAUUUUAUUCACUUUUUGAAAUUGCUUGUUGUAACUUAUUCAUGUAAUCUAGAGCACGGACUUAUGCAUUUCCUGAAAGGGUCGCGGGGAUAGGCUUCUUCCACAUUAGAAAUUUGGUCUCUUAAAUAACCACUUGUAAAAUGUUAAUAUCCUGGGGGGCCAGCCUUCAUCGUUAACGUUCAGGCUUCAACUUGCACCGAAGCUUGAAAGAUCCCAAUAUUAAAGACCAAAAAGUGGUUACUGAGAAGGUCAUGAGGUAAGCUGGAAGAGUCAUUGAAUAUCAGAUUAAAAGUUGAUGCCUUUUACAGGAUUUGUCCCCAAUGUUGCAAAAAGUUCUAUUUAGGCUUGUCGCCCUUGGAGUGAAAUACUGCUGCAUUCUGCACCACACAAAGGUUGUCACCAGAAGCAAGUCCAAAAGGAUUAGUCUAUUCCUCAGUAAGAGCAACUGUUAGCUUUAAUAUACCUCCUUCUACGUGUGAACAGUUUGGGGACAUGGGGCAGGGGGUGGGGAAGGAUAAUUGUAUAAAAUUGUUCUGUGUCUUGGAAAUUUUUUCUCAACUCCUAAGGACUGAGUUACCCCAGAGCCUUCAGUACUUCUGCCAAGUUCACUCCAGUCUCAUUGUGGGGGAAAUUGCAAACUUACACAAAAUAUGCAAACAUAUGAACAAUUAAAAAAUACGUUUUUUAAGCCCAAGUGAUUAAAAGUUUCCCUGGGCUGGAGGGAUUUUUUUUAGGUUAUGUAAAAUAAUUCCUUUGGGAGCAAAAAAUAUCCAGACAAGUAGCGUUAGGACUGUAGUUUAAGCUUCAAUAAACCCAUCUACUUAAGGAUAUUCUUUCAAUGUAGAAAAUAGUGGGCUAAGAAAUUAGAUGAUGAAUGUGACAUGACCAAACAUACCAAAGUGCCUGCUAUGGUUGUGGCUGUUCUCUGAACCUGAUUUCCGAGCCAUCUGAUUUUAACCUCAACCCUCUGAAUCCCCGUCGCCACUCCCUCUUCUGCCUCUCACCCCCACACACCCUGCUUGUGGUGGCCUCAGUCUUUUCACCCUGCAUUUUCACUGUAACCAAAAUGAAGAUGGCUUGAUGUGGUAAAGUAAUUCCAGAUGUUUCCGCUAUUUCCAGUUGUGCGAAAGUUUGCUUUAAGGCUUCAGUGGAUUCUGUUAAGUGGGAGUACGGUAUGGGUAGCUAUUCCGGGGAGAAAGAAAACCUCUAUUUAUAAAACUCUCACUCCAGGAUUGUGGGACACGGAUAUUUCAGAUAUGGGAAAGAUCUGACCAGUCGGGCUAGCUGUAUUAAAAACUUCUUUUUAGAGCAAGACCUGUGGUCUCUGCCACAACCAGAAGGGAGGAUGUACAAACUGCUGUCCACCCCGAAUUGUGAGUGACUUGUGCUUCUCUCUUUUCCUGCAUGAUUGUCUUUUGGGUUUUUUUAUUUUUAAACUUGAAAUAGGUAUUUUACUUCUAUGUGAGGGCGGUACAACCAGAGGAGAGGAACAUAUUAAAGUAGAUAAUGAGAGGCCUAUUUUAGUGGCUUAGGAGUCCAACUUGGCGAUGUAUAGAUCCAGUUACUGGUAGUUGCAAUCCUUGGUUACUUUCCCCCAGGAGUUUGGGGCUCAGUUCAGACACUCUUGUCUUUCUCAAGAAACCCAAUUUCUCGGGGGGAAAGGUUUAGUUGGUGAUUCUAAGGCAGGCCCCUGGAAUCACGGGGUAAACUGGGCAAUUGUUUAGGCUAGCCCACUCCCAUUAGAUUAUAAGGACCUGGAGAGCAGUAAUUGUAUGUCUUCUGUUGUCCUUUCCCAAGUGCUUAUUUCUGUGCUUGCUACUCAGUGGGUGCUAAGUAAUUGUCAUGAAGGAUGAGGCCUGUCCCAGAGGCCUCUCAAGCAACUAAAAAGAAAUUUCACAAACUUUAUUCUCCCCAACAUCACAGUUGAAAAUACCCCCACGUUCCUGGGAAAAGAAGACUGUGCCUAUCCGUGUCAGAGUCACUGCACACCAUCUCCCAAACGGCUACCUCGUGGCCUUCAGAGUGAUGCUUGGAAAGAAGGGUAUGGUUACAGUUAAAGGGAAAAGGUAUUACAAAACGGGAAGAAGGGGUCUUCAUUGCCUUCAUUCUUCACUUCUGGUGGAUGGUAUAAGUGAAAAGAGGGAAUGUAUCAUUUUUCCUUUUGGGUAAAACCCGGGGGCGGGGGGGUGGGCGUUUGAAAGCCAGGUCUUGUUAACUUUUCAUGUACUUCGUUUAUCCUGUGCCUUAAAAGUAUGAAAGUUUAAAUGUUUUAAUUUCUCAAAUGAUUAAAAGAAAAAUGCUUUAGCUGAACAGACCACCGUUUUUAUAUUUUGUGCUGUGAAAACGUGUGUAAAACUGCUCUGCUUUUGGGAGCAAAGAAUUGCAUUUUUACUAUUAGUUAAUGUAAAUCCAAACAUGACUGUAUUUGGCAAUUGGAUGUGGGUUGAAUUAGUUGCUCUUUUGUUUCAACUUGAUUGUUUGUAAAGAUAAAGUUACAGCAACCAAGGAAAGUGGAAAUCGGAGUGAAAAGGGGCCUUUUUGAGCAAGUCGUCCUUCUUGCUCAGUUCUACAUGGCAAUGCAUGUAUUUAUUCAAUAAACAGAUCAUAUUGUG